AUGGCCAUCACCGACGACCUGGCUCCCCAAGCUGCGGCUCCCCAGCCCAUAGACAUUGAGGCAUGGACCGAGCAGGCAACGGCAGCCAUGGGCUCUGUCGCCAUCUCUGCGCCUGCCGUCAGCGUCCCGGACACCUCGGUUGCCUUUGACAUCCCCCUCGAUGAGCUCGAUGCGCCGGCCCGCCCUGCGCCGGCCACCACCUCGCAGGUGCAUACCGUCUAUCGCCGCAAGGAGCCGAUUCGUCGAGACAGCCUGAAAAGGCGCGAGGCUCUGCUCAAGGGCAAGGAGGGCAGCCGGCGCAGGCAGAGGUGGGAGAAUGACCGUCUCCUGAACAACCCUCACGCCGAGCCUCCCGCUCCCCAGGACUGGGAGGUCCACCCUACCUACCGCGUGCGCAACGUCCCUUACUACCUUGCGCCGCUGUGGGACGCUGGCCUGAAGCGCCAGUCGACCAAGCGCCACGACGCCAGCGUAGCCGAGAAGAACGCGAGCCGGACCGUCGCCAACAAGCCCACGACGCCCGGGGUCGUGCCCAAGGAGCUGCGCGAGAAGCUCAAGCGCAGCCGCGGCGCAAAGGGCCUGCUGAUGGACCUAGAAGGCGAAGUGCGCCGCUUCGUCAGCGAGUGGGAAGCCAGCGCGCGCGCUGCCGAAGCCGACGGCCUGCCCGCCGACUUGGACAGCGAGGACGAGGAGAUAGUCUUUGUGGGGCGCAACGGGCAGACGCACGACCACGACGGCGCGAGCGCCCAGCUCAAGCGCGAACUCAUGCUGUUCGAGACGCCCGAGGGCGACAACGGUGGCACCUUUGGCCGCUGGCUCGUCCACCACAUCGGCGUCUACUACGGCCUGACCACGUGGUCCGUCACCGUCGGCUCCCCUGCGCGACGGGAGGCGUACAUUGGCAUCCAGGAGGCCAAGAUGCGCAGCGGUGGCCGUCCCAUGUGCAGUCCCAUGCCCACCCCGCUCUGGGGCAUGGUGUAG